GCGUUGACCAACCGUUGACCAAGGCGUUGACCAGAGCUGUUGACCACAAAUUUGACCAAGCUGGAGUUGGUAUAUUCUCGCCAAGCCUUCAGCCUAUCCCCUCACCCUAUGGAUGUGCACUCACCCCAUGCGAGGGAGUUGGAUGUGAUCAAGGAGCAACGAGCGCAGAUCCAGGCACAAGCUGACAUACACGAGAAAUUAGAUAUUAUGUCCAGGAACAUUGAGCUCUUAGCCAAGGCCUGGGAGGAGCGGUAUCAGUUUUCGAGAGCCCAAGAUAUGACCUUACACUCCAUACGCUUAGGCUUCCGAGAUUUCGCACGUGAGAUGAUGCGGCACGUAGGUGCUGAGGUGCAGGCACGAUUGGAGGGCACGGAGAAGUUUUGUACAGGCCCCAUUGAGAGCGCAAAGCUGGCUGUGCCAAAGGAGGAAGAGCUACGCCCCCGUAGAGAGCCCCUUAAGAUGAAGUUUCCUGAACCCGAUCAAUUCGGGAAGUGGGUUCACUAUUGGCAGCAUUUGGAGGACGAGUUGCCCACUGACCAGAAGCUUGUUGCGGGGAGUGGAGCGAGAUUGGCAGCCACACAAGAGGAGAUGCGUGUGGCGAGGGAGCAGAUGCGCAGUGUUUCUCGCAUGGGCACCGAGCGCCGCCUUGUCCAAUCGGACAAGAGACAACGUGGACAUGUUCGGGGUCGUGGCGGGCGUGGUGGGCGUGGGGGGCGUUCUGGUCGUGGACGAGGUGGGCGUGGGGGACGCAGACGUGGAUCAGCGGGCGGGGUAUGUCCUCGUAGUGCGCAACCUGGGCUGCGUGAUGAGGCGAUGGUCGACCUUAUUCGUUUCCCUCGACAACAUUGGGACGAGGGUGAUUUUUUGUAUCACAGCUCCGAUAGCGACGACGAGUAUUUCUUCUGUACCGCCAUGCCGCGAGGCGGAGACGACGACGGCAGGCCGGACGACGACCGUCCGGAUGAUGACGAUAGUGAUGAUGGAGCGGGCGACGGUCGGGACCCUCGAUCGUUGAGACGGGGUGGUGGCACUGGUGGGAGAGGUGCUGUUGCACCACRAGAUGCAGCASGUGAUGGCGGAGGAUUAGACSUCGUCGACGGUGGAGGCGGCUCAGGCGGGCCACAGGCCGAGGAUACCGGAGCAGCGCUGGAGCGUACACGUGCGGAUGUGGCUAUGGACGCCGAGCAGCAUGCGGGAGUGGACGUUGUCGACGGCGGAGGCAGCAGGGAUGGACAGGCCAGUCCCCCGCAUGGCUCGAGACCUCACCUCGUACGAUUGCGGCAUGGGCCGAAGAGGACACAGUCGAUUGCCGAUCGUGUGCGGCACCGCCACGGGACCCUCCCCCCCACCGUUCGUCCACGAGCCGUUGAGUCUGAGCUUGUCCCCGUUUCCGAGGACUCCAUGAGUGAUGGGUCCGUCGAUGAGCGACACCCGUCACCUGCCGGCUUGGCGCGGGAGACACAUCCGGUUGCCGACGGGGCACAGGAGGACGCACGUCCAGUUCAUGGCACAGAGCAGGACGCACAUCCACUUCCACGCAGUCCAGUGCUCGGUGGUGGUAUGGACGCGGCUGACGUGUGCAUGGAGGUGAUGGAGGCGAUGGACUUAGGAUGUCCCCCUGCGCCGAUGACGGACGUAGAUCAGCGCGCCGAAGCGGCGAGUGGAUUACCACGCACAAAUAUCUCAGGAGUGUCUACCAUGGAGGAUGGUGAGAUCACUCCAGUGGCGGGAGGCCUGGGAGACGGGAAUGUUCGCCUCUCUCACCCCACCGGCAAUCUUCCUCGAACUGCUGACCUGCUCUCCAUAGGUUCUGCACUCGACGGGCUCCCCGACAUCCGCACCCUCGUUUCACCGUCAUUGCCGUACAUGCAGCCCCCUUGCCCCGAUGGUGGGAGCACCCGGGCCGCAGGAGACAAGGAUGUCCGCCUCGCGUGCCCCGGCGGUAGUCUUCCUCGCAUAGGUGACAUGGUGGGCAUGGGCACGCUCCCCGACAGCAUGUUUGGUGCUGACACGAUUAUUCCACCAUCGUUGCCGCUCGUGCCGCCCCCUGGCCUCCAGGGUGAGCCCGCUCGCGACGCAACAGACAGAGGGUUUGACGAGUUCGGUGGAGAUACGAUAUUGUCUGCCAUGGCCUCUGCAACCCCAUCCGUAUUUCGGGUAGGGAAACCCCACGAGGUCGCUCUAGGCUUGGCCGAGACCACGGCACGCAAUGGAGGUCUGCCACAUACGAGGGACGGGCGUAGCUCCGCUCAACGUAGCCUCGCUGACUCUUUGGACGGAGCGUCUUCUUACAGCGGCGCGCGAGAGGAGCCUGGGAAGGACAUUACACCAGCUUCGUCGGCUGCCGGUCGCACUGGUGACAAACCUGCCACGCGCAUGGAUUCUGCACCACAUGCGGUUGGGAGGGGUGGUAGGGAGGAGCGACAGGGAGGAGCUUAUGCGGGGGGGUCUGGCCCACCUGUGCCAAGGUUGGCAGCAUCGUCUUUUUACGACCAGGGGAGAGCAGCACCAGUCGAUGGCGGAACCGCGGCAGGGAGGAGUGCAUGCGGCAUGCCAGAUGUGCCCUUUGGAACACGUUCCAUCGGCGCUGUUGGCGGUCGUAACCAUGGUGCGAUGCGUGAGUAUGAGGACCAGCAUGGCAGACGGCUGGCCACGAAGACAUCAGAUGUUGCCUUCACCAAGGUGGUGAAGGCUAGUAUGUCGCGUGCAAAGAGUAAGGGCGGACACGAGAGGUCUUCACAACAUUCGAGUCGUCGUGGCACCGCACCCAGGGAGUCUGUGCAUGGUGACACUCGGGACGAGGAGGUUGCUGCAGCGCAUGGUGGUGUACCGGAGGAUGGACAGGCAGGUGAUGGAGGCCGUUCACGCAGAUUGUCACGCGUGCAUGACAGCUCCGGCAGCGCAGGGGACGAGCGACGCAACCACACCGAGGGGUCUGGUCGUGGAGAGAAGAGACGAGGUGCUUUCACCAUUGUACACGAUGACCGUUCUGACAUCCCAACCGGCGAGUCGACGGGGGCCGACGACCCAGGUGACUCCGAUUAUAGACCGGAUGGAUCUCGACCUGCACGCAUGGAGUAUGGAUCUCGACCUGCACGCAUGGCGGAUGGAUCACGACCAGCAYGCAUGGCGGAUGGAUCUGAUCCUGGAGGACGUCGACUCAGACGCAGGGCAGCACUCGAUGCACAGGGACAUUUGACUCCUUCGACUCUGAGACCAUUCAUCCCCCGGCCCCGGGUUGACAGGGGCGAACAGGCUCGUACAGUCCUACUGGCAAUAGAGGCUAGGCGACUUCAAAGAUUGACCCCUGCAUUCCCGCGUCGUGAUGGAACUGAUGAUCAGAGAGAGAGGCAGACAGUCACAGACAUAGGGGGAGUGACAGGGGGGGGGGUAGGUGAUGGAUCUGAUGGUGGAGGCGGGGAGGAGGGUGGUCUUGGGAGUGAGAGAGAGAGAGUGAGAGAGAGAGAGUAGUCUUCUACAUGGGCAUAUCUAUUUUUGUCGGGCCCAUUGUAUUUUAGUUGUGUUUGAGAGAGAGAGUAGUCUCCUAUACGGGCGUCG